AUGAAGCAACAAUACUCCAUCUCCUCCUGCUCAAUUUUCCUUCUUUUCCUACAUUAUACGAUUGCCUUUGCUCAGUCACCAGCUGCAGCCCCAGCGCAGGCACCAGCAGUAGUCGGAGCACAACCUCCAGCUGCAACCCCAACGCAGGUAGCUGCACCACACGGAAUCACUAACGUCACCAAAAUCCUCGAGAAGGCUGCCCACUUUACAAUCUUUAUCCGCCUUUUGAGAUCCACACAAGAGGAAAACCACCUAUUCUCUGCCCUUAAUGAUUCAAGCUCUGGUCUAACCAUCUUUGCACCAACGGAUAGCGCAUUUUCGGAACUCAAAUCGGGAAUUCUGAACACUCUAAGUGAUGGGGAUAAGUCUGAGUUAGUGAAGUUCCAUGUAGUUCCUACAUUCUUAUCGACUUCUCAGUUCCAGACCGUAAGUAAUCCUCUCGGAACUUGGGCUGGAACAGGUAAUCGGUUACCACUAAAUGUGACAAGUUAUCCAAACUCGGUGAACAUAACCACAGGACUUACCAAUACAAGUUUAUCUGGCACGGUAUACACAGACAAUCAGCUGGCAAUUUAUAAGAUUGAGAAGGUGUUACUUCCUAAGGACAUUUUUGCUUCUAAUGCUCCAGCUCCAGCACCAGUGGCACCUGCACCAGAAAAGCCUACGAAGGCAGUUCCUGCAGCUGAUGUAGAGAGUCCUGUGGCUUCUGAGGAUAUAUCUGGUGCACUCAUGUUUACACACAAUCAUGUGGUGGAAUCACUUGCUAUAGUUGCUGCUGCAAUGCUUGCUUUUUAG